CCCGUUCAUUGAUAUCGGCCCAAGCGCCCCCUCCUUCCCCUGAUAGGGACAGAGUAUAGGUAAAGGUUGGCACGGUCACUCAGGGUAAGAGGGGAGAGAGGAUCAGAGGGUGUCUGUAGAACAGACUGUCCCUCGGCCCCCGGUAGAACAAUGCUACAAUGAGCAGCUUCUUAGACUACUCGGUGAUGAACGGUGAAGGUGGCUCGUGCUCUGUCAGGGCUUUCCACUCGGACCACGGGAUUACAACUUUUCAGUCUUGCGCGGUGACUGUCAACAACUGCGGGACUGAUGACCGCUUCAUGGGGAGCAGGGCUUCCCCUGACGGCAUUCCUCACCAGCCGGGGUCAUAUCAGUCUACUGCGAGCUCUCUGGGUCUCGCCUACGGAGCACAUCCGGCCUGCAGCUCCAGCUAUGGACCCCAAGGUUUCUGUGCUACGUAUAAUCAUUACGCGCUCAACCAGGAAGUAGAUUCCACAGCGGGAUUCCCCCAGUGCAGCCCCCUGAUGUACUCGGGUAACAUUUCUUCCUCAAUGGUCUCUCAACAUCGCCAAGGUUACAGUGCCGCCCCCCUGGGUCAGCUGCAGUAUGCCCACGCUGCCUACGGCGGAGGGCACGAGCAAGCUGCCCCGUUUCCUGGGUGCUCAAACCCGCUGUCACCACUGCAUGCAGCCCACCUGGAGGCUUGCUGCUCGCCUCUGUCUGAGGGUGCAUCUUCUGCUCAGACAUUCGACUGGAUGAAAGUCAAGAGGAACCCCCCAAAAACAGGCCGGUCUGGGGAGUACGGUUAUGGGGGUCAGCCGAACACAGUCCGGACCAACUUCACCACCAAGCAGCUGACGGAGCUGGAAAAGGAGUUUCACUUCAACAAGUAUCUGACCCGUGCGCGUCGCGUUGAAAUCGCAGCCGCGCUGCAGCUGAAUGAGACUCAGGUGAAAAUAUGGUUCCAGAACCGGAGGAUGAAGCAGAAGAAGAGGGAGAAAGAAGGGCUGCUUCCGGUCAAAGCGUUAUCCUCAGACCCGGGACAGAGCAUACAAGAGAAAAUGGACGAUGCAGCAUCAGAGAAAUCUAUUUCAGCUCCAUCUACUCCGUCUCCCACACCCUCCACUGUGUCUGAUCCUUACUCCUCCAACUAAGAACUAACUGCCUCUUUAACUCUUUAGGCCACAGCCGGCCUGUAUAUCAAAACUCAUAUCCAGUGUAUCAAAGCCAAAGUCCUGGUUAAUGGAUGUGUGGACAUAUAGACUGAAUUAAUGCACUAUUUAGGACUUUGGACAAUAAAAUUAUGGACUUUGUCUGAGUUAAAGAUUUGUUUUAUAGUGUGUGGUGUGUUCGGAAGAACGAUAACAUUGCUGUUCAAUCAACAGUAUUCCACUUUCUUUUACAUUUGAUGUAAAAUACGCGUUGUGCCACGACUGUGACGGUGCAAGAACCAGUAGAUACCCUACACCUGUUCCUGAGCAGUGCUGCAGAGUGACAAUGUAAAGUUACACAGCUGCACCCACAAACAAAUACCUCAAAUGUGCCAAAAUUGUGUGUAAUGGCCACGGCCAGGGUGAUUACACUGAAUGUCGCCAAUUAGGCAUCACACAAUCAGCGAGAUGACCUCGUUUAUUAAUCGUUAUAGAGUGCAUUGUUAUAGUACCUCCUUAAUCACGGUCCCCUCUGUGUUUAAGGCCUGCGUGUUUGUGUGUCACGACUGUCUGAAUGUCUUUUGUGUGAGAUUUGCAUGAUGCUUAUUGCUUUCAUGUAUUAGCUGAGUUUUAUCAGUAGGGGAACUGUUCGUGUAAGUCCAUAUUUGUUCCAGGCUUUUAUCUGUUAUCUAUUUAAUCCAGUGGAGCACAUACAAAGUGUUUUGUCCAG